AUGACUCCUCAACUAAAGCCCCGCGUGGUCAGUCGGGACGAGUGGCUCGAAGCCCGAAAGUCCCUUCUUGAGAAAGAAAAGGAGCACACCCGCGCCAACGAUGCCCUCAACGCCAUGCGCCGAGAGCUCCCGAUGGUGGAGGUGGAUAAGAACUACACUUUUGAAUCCCUCGACGGAGAGAGGGUGACUCUUGCCGAUCUCUUCGAGGGCCACCCGCAGCUGAUCGUCUAUCACUUCAUGUUUGGCCCCGACCAGGAGGAGGGCUGCAGAGGCUGCUGCCACGUCGGCGAGAGCCUGCCAAACGUCAACCACCUCCGUCUCAAAAACACGAACCUUGUGUGUGUUUCACGUGCCCCAAUUGAGAACUUGGCUCCGUUCAAGGAGAAGAAUGGUUGGAAGUGGCCUUGGUAUUCUUGCGGAGGUACCACCUUCAACUAUGACUUCCAUGCCUCAAACGAUGAGUCCGUUGGCCCAAUGGAGAUCAACUUCCGGUCAAAGGACGAGACUGAAAGGUUGGGAAAGACCUGGUAUGAAGGCGACGUGCCAGGAUACAGUGUUUUCUUCAAGGAUGAACACGGCAAUAUCUACCAUUCCUAUUCGACUUGGGCAAGGGGGGGAGAAAAGGUGCUUCCGACAAUGCACCUGCUUGACAUGACUCCUCUGGGUAGGCAGAUUGGAAUGAACGGUCCAGCCGAGUUCAAGCUUAGCCACGAGUAUUGA